UUAUUACAAUACUGUUAUGUGUAUAGACGAAUCCAUACUCGAUAAUAGAGGAGUAAAAAUUGUGGAGGCAAUCAGGUGCUUCAUGCGAGCCUUAUUCGACUAUAACCCUUUUGAAGACUCGUUGAUACCAUGCAAGGAUAUAGGACUGGCUUUUAAUUCGGGCGAUAUUUUACAGAUAUUGAGUGUUAAAGAUCCGAAUUGGUGGCAAGCGAAAAAUUGUAACGAUCAAUCUGAGCGGAUCGGUCUAAUACCUUCACAAGAAUUGGAAGAGAGACGCAAAGCUUUUGUUGUACCUGAAGCUGAUUUCGCUCAUAAGAUAGGCAUAUGCGGAACAAGGGUCUCAAAGCGUAAGAAAAUAACUAUGUACAAAUCUAAAGCAAAUUGCGAUUUUGACAAAGCUGAUUUGCUUUUAUAUGAGGAGGUAACAAGGAUGCCACCAUUUCGAAGGAAAACUCUGGUCUUAAUUGGUGUUCCAGGAGUUGGCAGGCGCACCCUGAAAAAUCGUCUUAUCAAUAGUGAUCCGGAGCGCUUUGGAACCGUUAUACCCCAUACAACUAGACCUAAGCGGCCACUUGAAGAAAAUGGAGUCAGUUACUAUUUUACUAAUCGUGAAAAAAUGGAAGAACAAAUAAAGCGUAAUGAAUUUCUUGAAUAUGGUAGCUACAAUGGACAUUUAUAUGGUUUGCAUUUGAACUCUGUGAAUGAAGUGAUCGAGAGUGGUCGGAUGUGCAUAUUAGAUUGUGCUCCAAGCACUUUAAAAUUUCUUCAUAAUAGUCAGCAGUUGAUGCCGUUUGUUAUAUUUAUUGGCGCUACUGGAAUGGAGCAGCUAAAACAAGUUUACUCUGAAAGACGUGCAACAGGAUCAGUUAAAAGUUUAUCGGUAAGUCAUCCUCAAUUACAUUAA